CGUCCCAAACGAAAGAGAAUCACACCCGACCAACUACACAUCUUGACAGAAUUGUUUCAACAAACAGAUACACCAAACCAUGAUUUAAGAGAAAAGAUAGCAAAAAAACUGAACAUGACAAAUCGUGAAGUGCAGGUUUGGUUUCAAAAUCGACGUGCUAAAGUCAAUCGUCUUCGAUUACAGCAGCAGCAGCAGCAGCAG